AUGUUCAGUGGUCCUUCUUCCCCACCCAAAUGGUCUGCUCCAUUCUGUGCCUGCGGAGUCGACCCUAAAACUUGUUUGAUAACUUGCUGUCUACCGUGCAUCACCUUUGGCCAAAUCGCAGAAGUUGUGGAUGAAGGGCGUAGCUCUUGCGUUGGACAAGGGUGUGCCUAUGGGUUACUCAUGUUGGUUGCGUGUCACUGGCUCUACUCGUGCCUUUACAGAGAGAAACUGAGGGCAAAGUUUGGGUUACCAGCAGAACCUUGUUGUGAUUGCUGUGUUCAUUGCUGCUGCGAUGUUUGUGGCUUAUGCCAAGAACAUGCCGAGCUUAAAGCAAGAGGCUUUCACCCUUCCAAAGGUUGGAUUGGGCCAUCAAAUGCUCCUCCUCCAAUGCCUCCUUCUAUGAUUAGAUGA